AUGACUGCGGCCAGGGAGCGGCAGCUGGGCAGCCUGACCGUCUUCAACAGGGAGGAUUUCGAGGAUGACUGGGUGAAAGUGGCCAGUGGAGGCUUUGGGCACGUGUACCAGGUGAAGCACAGGAGGUGGAGGACAGUUUAUGCCGUGAAAUGCUCCCCGUACCUGCUGCAGGACUCCGGCAUGGACAGGACCAGCAUGAACUGUCUCAUGGAGGAGGCAACCAAGAUGGAGAAAAUCAAAUUCCAGCACAUUGUCACCAUCUACGGGGUCUGCAACAGCCCUCUGGGGAUAGUGAUGGAAUACAUGGCCAGAGGGUCCUUGGAGAAAAUUCUGCCCACUCACAAAAUGUCUUGGCAGCUCAAAUUCCGGGUUAUCCACGAGAUGGGCUUGGCUAUGAACUUCCUGCAUAGCAUGACACCCCCUUUGCUGCACCUGGAUCUCAAACCAGGGAACAUUCUCCUGGACGGGAAUAUGCACGUCAAGAUCUCAGACUUUGGGCUUUCCAAGUGGAUGGAGCAAUCCAGCAGAAUGCAGUACAUCGAGAGCUCUGCUCUGAGGGGCACUUUGAGCUACAUCCCCCCCGAAAUGUUCCUGCAGAACAGCAAACCCCCGGGAAUCAAAUACGAUGUGUACAGCUUCGGGAUCGUCAUCUGGGAGGUGCUGAUGCAGAAGAAACCCUAUGCAGGAGCCAACAUGAUGGCCAUCAUCGUCAAGGUGGCCGCGGGGAAGAGGCCGGGGCUGGAGCUCAUCAGCGACGACUGGCCCGGGGAGUGCCAGCAGAUGGUGGACUUGAUGAAGAGGUGCUGGGACCAGGACCCCAAGCAAAGGCCAAGCUUUUCAGAUAUCCCUGUGGAGACAGACAUGCUGCUGGCACUGAUACAGAGCCUGGUGGUGGACCCGGAGAACGAGCGCCUGGUCAGGAAGAUGUCCCACAAACCUGCCAUCUCUGGGAACCAGCAGUGUGACAAAGAGGAGUUCACCUUCCCCCGAGACACCAGGAGUGGUGAAACAGAUAACCAGGAGGUUCCUCUCCCACCUCCCUACAGCGAGGCUGAAAGCCCGGAGGAGAUCCUGUCCGAGGAGAUCUGCAGGGUCCACGAGAACGGGCUCACCCUUCUCCACCUCAUGGUGAUCCAGGGCAACGUGGAGAAGGUGAAGUUCCUCCUGGGCUGCAAAGCCAACGUGAACAGCCAGGUGGGCUGUGGCUACACCCCGCUCAUCAUGGCCGUGCAGAAGAGGCUGCCAGAGAUCUGCUCCGUCCUCAUCGAGCACGGCGCCGACCCCAACGUGCCGGACGAGGACGGCUGGACACCCCUGCACUUCGCCGCCCAGAGCGGGGACGACAGGAUCGUCCGGCUGCUGCUGGACCACCAGGCCCGAGUGGACGCCCAGGAGCAGGACGGGUGGACCCCCCUGCACCUGGCGGCCCAGAACAACUUUGAGAACGUGGCGCGGGUGCUGCUGUCCCGCCAGGCCGACUCCAACACCCAGGAGGGGGACGGGAAGACCGCCCUGCACGUGGCGGCCUGCUUCGGCCACGUGGGGCUGGUGAAGCUGCUGGCCAGCCAAGGGGCCGACCUGGAGAGGAAGCAGAAGAACCACAGGACCCCCCUGCACGUGGCCGUGGAGAGGGGCAAGUUCAGGGUGGUGCACUACCUGCUGAAGAACGGGACCUGCGUGAACAGCCUGGACCAGAACCACUACAGCGCCCUGCACCUGGCGGCCGUCAGGGGCAAGCUGCUCAUCUGCGAGAAGCUCAUCAAGCACGGGGCCAACGUGGAGCUGAGGACGGACAAGGGCUGGACCCCCCUGCACCUGGCCUCCUUCAAAGGGCACGUGGAGAUCAUCCGGCUGCUGCGGCGCAGCCGCGCCCGGCUCAGCGCCCGGGGCAGCAUGGACUGGACCCCCCUGCACUUGGCCACCCGCUACGGUGACGAGCCCGUGGUCAGCGAGCUGCUGCGGGGAGGGGCAGACCCCGACGUGCCCGAGGGCUCGGGCUGGGCCCCCCUGCACUUCGCCGUCCUCAGGGGCUCCUUCCUCACCGUCAUCAACCUCCUGGAGUGCGGGGCCGACGUCAACGCCAGGAACAAGGUGGGCUGGACGCCCCUGCACCUCGCCGUGCUCAAGGGCAACAUGGCCAUCGUCAAGACCCUGAUCAAGGCCGGGGCUCUGCUGGACGUGGAGGACAUCACCGGCUGCACGGCCCUGCAGCUGGCGGUCAGGCACCAGAGGGAAAACAUCAUCACCCUGCUCCAGGGCAAGGACCCGGCGCUGAGCAAGGCGGGGAGCAGGACUCUGGUGAACGACGCGAAGGCUGCGAGACCCAGACUCGUUCCAGGAAGGACAGAUCUGUAAAUUCAUCAGCCCUGGCAUUUGUGGCUUGAGUCUCCCAGUGUCAGGUGCUAUCCCUUAAGGCACCUUGUCCUGUCACCUGGUGAUACUCUCCUCUUUUUAAAGGGAAGUUUCUAAGCACGAACAGUAAAGAGUAAAAGAAAAAUGAAGCUGCAGAAGGAAGCUGACAAGUUAUUUUCCAGGGUCUGGCCAAGCUUGUAGAACAUUCUGCCUUGGUGAUGUUGGCUUUAGGCAAUGCUUUCCUGUUUAAUACUUGCUGUGCAGGGAUGGAAAGGGGUAUGUGCAGUCCCUGUUCGUAUGGGCAAUGCUGAAGCUGUGCACAGCACAUAUACGUGUCUUCCAUGGAUUUCAUUGCUUUUAUUCCAUGUUUUCCUACAGAGAAAAUUGGUGUUAAAAUGACCUUGG